AUUAUGUUUUCUUCUGUUUUAGUUAAAAUAUAGAGAUAUAUAACGCAAAGACACAAAGUUAAGUUUUACAAAAUAGCCUGGUAGCAAAAUGGAAGGAAUUAUGAGUGAGUUGGCUUUUGAUGAAGGUAUUGCAAUGCCUAUUGCAAACGAAGAAAACAAAAAAUUGGAAAUGCAGUUGGAGCAGAAACAAAGAGACAUUGCUCGUAUGCAUGCAGAAGUAGAUCAGUAUGGUGAUCGUAUUAGAGCUAUGUCUGAUCAUUUAAAGAAUGUUCGACAGGAACGCCAACAAACUCAAGAAUUAUGUAAUGCUAGAGACAGGGAAAUAGAAACAGAAGAGCAUUUUAGACAGCUUGCUGAAAGAGAAGAAGGAAGAUUGACUUCAGAAAUAAAAAGGCUGGAAAAAGAAUUGGAAGUUUUAAAUGAAAGAAAAAAUAUAUACGAGAACAACAUUUUCAAAGGCACAGAAAGGUUAGAACAAAUGAAAGGUCAGAUGAACUGGGACCAACAAGCUCUUGAUGCAUGGUUGAAAGAAUCUGCAAAAAGAGACGAAGAUACUUUAAUUCUACAAAAGUAUGCCAAAGUUGAUGAUGGGAAAAUUAAGGAGCUAUCUUUGAGACAGGAGAAAAUGAUCGAUGAACGUGCAAAAAAGCGCAGAGCAUUGGAACAUGAAAUCACUCAGACACUAACGUCCCAGUUAGAGCUUGAUAAAGUUUCAGAAGCUUUUCGAGAAGCUCAUAAAGCACGACAAGAAUUAUUAGAGCAGUGGGAGUCCACUAUUGUACAAAUGCAGAAACGAGAUGCAGAAAUGGACGAAGCAUCAUUACAACUGAUGGAGUUGAGGAUGGAAGCAAAAAAACGACAAGAGGGACUGAAGGAACAACAGCAAUUCCUCGACAAUGAGUUGAACAAUAAUAAUGAGAAGGAGAAGAAGAUAUCAGCUGCAGAGCGCAUAGCCGCAAAACUACGACUGCAAUACCAAAAUGUGGAAAAUGCCAGACUCCAAUUUCAAGAUGAGCUGGAAACUUUAAAGUAUACAGUUGACAGAACAGCAAAAGAUUUGGAUAAUUCUCGUAAGCAAGUGGCAGAAUUAAAAAAGGAAGUUUCGAAAAGAGAAGAAAAAUUGAUCCAAGCGAAAGAAACAAACGAGGAGUUACAGCAGCAGUACAAGUUGGCACAAAAUACUAAACUGUCUUCGGAGGAGAGAGCACAGUUAAUGGAAGCAGCUUUAAAGAAAGAAGAUGCAAGAAUACAUCAAAUUGAAAAAGAAUUGACAAAACUCAGAGAAACACAGUUCAAAAAAACUCAAGAAUUGUAUCAAGUUCGUCAAAUGGAGUCCAGCACCACUGCAGAAAUACAAGGUGGGAAAGCCUCUAGCCGAAAUCUGAGCAGUAAGCUGUAUAAAUUAGAUCAAGAAUCUUUGAAACAACAAGAGAUUGUGUACAACCAGGAUUUUCAACUGCAACAGUUAGAAAGAAAGAUGGCGCGGUUGCAAGGUGAACGAAGCAGCGAGGAGAAGAGUCAUUUACAAGAAAAAAUUAAGCAAUUUUCUGAAAUUCUUGAAGGAAAGCAACUAAAACACAGCGCGCUUACAACACAGUUGAAGAAACUUAGUGAUGAUUUAAGAAGAGCUAACCGUGAUUUAACAAAAGGUUCCACUGAAAAGAAAGACAUAACCAGUAAAAUAGGCGAGUUGAGUCUUCACAAUGACAGUUCGGAACGAGAACUUAAAGAUACCACAAGUCGAAAGCAAGAUUUAAUGGUGGAAGAAAAUAUCUUAAAGUUGGAAAUCAAACGGCUCAGAGAUCAGUUACAUGAUAGAGCUAACGACGUCUUGUCGUUGGAAGAACGCCGACUUUUGCUCGACACGGCGAUGAAAGAACGUCGACAGGAAGUCAAUAUCCACAAUGACAUGCUGAAAGCCCAAGUCAAAUGUUCAGAAGAAGAGAGACAAAAAAUUAGCGCUGAGUUGCAUGAGCGUAUCUCAAAGAUUGAGAAGUUAAGGAAACGUUAUGAAAUACUGAUGGUUUCCAUGGCUCCACCGGAAGGAGAGGAGGAACACUCACAAGCGUAUUACGUCAUCAAAGCUGCCCAAGAGAAAGAAGAGUUGCAGAGGACUGGAGAUGAUUUGGAUGCGAAAAUAAGAAAAGCUGAAAAAGAGAUUAGAGCGCUAGAGAAUACAUUACGACUAAUGAACGGUCGUAACGAAACCUACCGUAAAAGUUUCGCAUCUGUUGAAGAAACAAGCGAAGAAUACGAAGAGAAAUUGCAGCUGGAAGAACAGUUACGAGCUGUGAUGGAUAAAUAUAAAUACAAACGAAGACAAAUCAAGGAGUUACAAGAGGAUCUUCAAACUAUGCAAACGACAUCUGAAGCAUUGUCAGUUGAUGAGAACGAACUGAUUAACGCAAUGGAAGAGAAACAAAGAACGAUCGAAAGCUUACAAAAAGAUUUAGACGGACAAGAGGAGAAAAAAGAUCGAGCAAGUCGCACGAUCAGUAAAUUAACGCGCGAAAUAAGAAGCGCGAACAAAACGAAAUCGAAAUUGCCAGAUGAAGAAGAUAUUGAGCUUCGUGAGAUGAGAGACUUUAAUAAGAAAAUCAUCAAAGAUAUAAGUGCAGUCGCACACACUCAUCCUGACAUCCUGCCUAUUGUUACCUUAUAUUUUAAUCAAGCAGGUUUGCCCACGCCACCUUCUCCUGGCUCCGUCAGCUCCAGACCGUCGUCAGUGGGAAGUGCAAGAUCCAGCUUGUUGUCGUCUAGAUCAUCAUCUACUGUGCGUAGCGACGCCAGCGUUAGAAGCAGUCCAAACAAUAAACAAGUUAUUACAGCAACUUCACUGGAUUUAGGAUUAGACGCAUUUAGUUCCCAUACUCCUACAGGAACUCCCCUAAGAUCUGCUGCAACAUCCCGAGCUGGUUCCGCAGGAAAAGCGACGCCAACAAGGACAUCUGCCGGAAAAACACGUAGUGCGCGAACUCCUGGAACAUCUCCGACCAAACCUCCAUCCGGAAGAUCGUCGGCUAGUGGAAGGCGAAAAUAAGUACUGGUAAAAAUGCUCCUUUUCAUAAAUAAAUUGUCGACUUCGUAAUCACAUUGAUUUGUUACCUUCAUUAGAAUCGUUGUGUUUUUGAAGAUAUAAUAUUGAACACAGAAUGUUAAUUUGAAAAUCAACUUUAAAUUUCUUUAUGAAAGGAAGUGUUUUUGGACCUAUGUUGUUGUAAUUUUAUUUCCUUUAAGUUAAAUAUAUAUUUUUGUUUUCA